AUGGAACUCUGGGAGGUGUGGAGCUGGAGGAGGCCCGGAGAACUCCCAGAUGUGGGUAACAAGGAGUCAGGAGGGGCCCAGAUCAGCCCUGGUGUGAGAAAGGAAGUCACUUGCCGGGGCUACCAUCACACCAGUGUGCAAUACGCGGCUGAGGCGGGGAGCUCCUGCCUGGGCACCUGGGUGAGGCGACACACAGGGGCGCCGUGGCGGCUGCGAUUGGGGCGGAGCGGGCGCCAGGCCGGCGCGGAUUGGCCCUCGCGGGCCGCCGUGCGAGCUAUAAAAGGGGCCGCGCGUCGGCGGCCGUCCUCUCUGGAGGGCGGAGGCGGCCGCCGUGGUGUCUGCGCGCGGCCCGAGCCGGCCCUCGGCGUGGCGGUCUCUGCCCCGGCGCCCCGGCCCGGCCCCGCCGCCGACCGGGCUCGCGGUGGCCGAGACGCCCCGCUCCCCGCGCCUCCUCCGUCCGGCGGCCUCUCGGGGCCCUGCCCGCCGCCCGCCCGCGCGGGGUUCGAGGAGACGCGGCCGCCGAGCCGGAGCGCCCGAAGGUGGUUUGCUUGCCGAAAACGAUGCAGCUGGACCGGGUGCUGGGGACUUGGGGCGGAAGACGAUGACCAGUUCCUGAGAAUGACGUGGACGCUGGCUGCAGUGACCGACUCCCACCAUCUAGCCACCGACUGUGGGCCAGGACUCUGUUGGGUCUUUGUUUUCACGAGGCUGGCUCUGUCCCAGCACUGCUGGCUGGCAAGUGGAGCUCUCCAGGACAGCGAACCUGACAUCAGCGCAGCUGAGGAAGCCUCUCUAACCAUGCCUCUGAACCCCAGAAACCUUUCCUGCUCCGCCCCCCUUGGUCUGCAGCUCAGGUGGGGGCCCUGCCAGAAGCCUGCCCACCCCCAACCCAGGGUGAGUCCCGUCCCUGACACCAGCCACCGCUUUCCACUCAGAAGGCUGACUGGCUCCCCAUCUGCCUUAGGGCCCUUUUGAAAGGGGCUCAGCUGUACUGGGAUGCGUGCCCCCAGCAUCCUGGGAACCACGUGUGUUUGCCUCCAGUGUGGUGUCCUGACGACGGGUCGAAGAUGCAGAUGACUGAGUGGGUGUGUCCCCUCGCUGGGCCCAGGACCCUGUCCACAGAGCAGCACCUGCCACGGGGAGAGGACCUGAGCAGGCUGAGCACCAGCCGACUCAGUUCCUUCCUAAUGUACAGGAUUCCUGAACUCGCGGCAACUGAACCUUGACGAGAGUCUGGAAGAAAUGGUGGCCCCAGGAUAGGUUUUCAGAACCCUCUUCUGAUGGAGCAGGACAUGUUGAUGUAGACGUGGGCACUGAAGGGCACCCUCCGCUUCCUCGCCCGCCUGCACAAGGAAUGUGGGCGGUGGGUUGAGACUGGUGAGGCUGAGGUGGCACACGUGACUGUUGAUGGGAAGAGCUGAAGGAUGCGAAGAUGACAACCAGUCAGUGGAGAGGGCAGGGGAGCUGGGGGCCUUUGCUUCAGCUUUCAAGACAGUGGAGUUUGCGGGAAGGUCUUCCUCACAGUCCCACCCCAGGUUGUACGGGUGCAGCGGAGGACAAGCAGGCCGAUGUCGGGGUGUCCCCUAUGCCGCGUGUCCUCCAACCUCAGACACUGGUGCAGUGCACCAGCAGUGUGGCUGUCGGGUGGCCAGCACUGUGCUGCCCACAUCUCCCGUGGUUAAGUGCCCGCAGAGGCAGGCACUGAGUCUAAUCCUCACAAGGGUUAGAAGCACCCAGGCCCUGAGACCCUAAGCUAGAUUUUUACAGUACCUGGAUCGUCUUGUUUAUUUUCCAGGAGGAAGCAUUUGUUAAUGGUGGAGGAAUAAUUUGGAAAGGAUUAAAGUGAAUUUAAGGGUUGGUUUGUGUGCUUUUUUUUCAGGAAAAGCAUUUAUUUCUGUGCUGGCAGAACUUUGAGAAUAAAUUAAGUCUUGAACUGAA